UGUACGUGGAGCUAUAUGCGUGACAAGCUCGGUCAUCCAACGAAUUAGAUAAAUAAGUAAAAUACGCGAAUACAGUGAGUUAAAAGUGCAUAUGUGAUAAUUCUACGUUUAAUAUUCAUAACAACAUUGCAACUUGCAUUCUGUGGAACGAGGCCAGAUAACUUGUAGGAGAGAAAAAAAAAUCGGAAGAAGCUCCUAGCUGUAAUAAAGAACCCCAGAUAUGCUUGCCUCAAAGAUAAUUAUACCUGUGCCGAAGAUAGAAAAUCGCAAAUUUACAAAGCCGUUGUUAUGCGGCCCAGGGCCUUGUGACGUAUGGCCUUCUGUAGCUGAAGCUCUCAACAAACCCAUCUUAUCACCGAUGUGCGAUGAGUACUUUAAUUUAAUGGCCGACAUACGCGAUAGUCUCAAGUACCUGUUCCAAACCAAAUCCAAGUUGGUGCUUGCAAUUAGUGGUUCCGGACACUCUGCAAUGGAGGCCACCAUCACUAACCUCAUCGGGCCAAAUGAGACUAUGCUGAUUGCGACUAGAGGCAUUUGGGAUGAAAGGGCAUUAAACAUUGCUCAGAGACACAAUAUCAAAGCAAUACCGUUUCGUAUACCAUUCAAUACCACGUUCAGCUACGAACAUAUUGAGGCCGAGUUGAAGAAAUGGAAACCGACAGCCCUUUUCGUAACCCACGGGGAUUCUUCGACCGGCACCGUUCAGAAACUGGACGGCCUUGGAGAGUUGUGUCAUAAGUACGGUGCACUUCUAAUAGUGGACACGGUAGUGUCAAUAGGCGGUGUGCCGUUUUUAAUGGACGAAUGGGGGGUAGACGCUGUUUACACGUCCACCCAAAAAGUUUUGAGUGGACCCGCCGGAAUAUCCCCAGUUGCAUUCAGCGAGAGGGCUGAAGAGAAAAUGAACAACCGGAAGCACCAGCCGCCAUUUUACUUGGACAUCAAACUGUUGGCGCAGCAGUGGAACUGCUACGGGAAUACGCGAGCAUAUCACCACACACUGUGCUCCCCUAUGCUAUGGGCUCUGCUUCAAUGUUUACAAGAAAUAAAUAAAAGAACUCUACCGAAAUUCUGGAAAACCCACGCUGAUGUCGUUGGACAUUUCCAUAAACGACUGCGGCAAUAUGGGUUUAAUUUCUUGGUUCCAAAGGCUGAAGAUCGUUUGGCAACGGUCACCACAGUUGUUCUCCCGCAAGGGUAUGACUACUUAAAGUUCGUGAAGUAUAUGAGAGAAAAUUACAAUAUUCUUAUAUUCGGCGGACUAGGACCUACUGCGGGCAAAGCACUACGCAUUGGCAUAAUGGGAGUGAACGCUACAAUAGAAGUAGCCGACGCUGUAGCAGAUGGUAUGGCUGGAACUUUAAAGGCGCUUACUAAAUCGUCACUGUGAACCGUUAAAUCUCUGUAAAUAAACCAUCAUUAAAAAUAC